AUGUCGAGCCCAAUAGUCCAGUGUGUGUUGAUUGUAGUUAUUUGUUCACUGGCUACAUAUAAUACGAUCAAAGUUGAUAAUUCUGACGUCGUUUUCUCGGAAGAAAAUGACAAAGAGAUACACAGAGACUUUAACAAAAGUACUAGUUUCGUUGUCGGAAGGAAAAGUGCCAUAAUACGGAAGAAGAAAAGAGCACUAAUAGAAGAAUGUCCCACAAGGAGUCAUCAGCUGUACUCAUGUGCACCAGAAAGAUUUCGUCAACUUGAGAAAUACGAAUGUUGUGUUUACUGUCCGGAACAAGAAACAGGAGUCGUCUGUGAACCAUACAACUGCACAGAGUCCUACAUCUGCUCGUCUGCAAAUCAAUCUUCUCUUCAUAUCGAUUUGGACCUGCGCAAACGUAACUUAGAAAUACUCCCACACAACGUGUUUAGUGGACUUUCUGAACUAUCCCAUCUCUAUUUUCACCUUUCUCUGUCUCAUAACAGCAUCACUGUGCUACCCAACAACGUAUUUAGUGAACUUUCGAAGCUUACACAUCUCAAUUUGGCUCACAAUAGCAUAACUGACCUACAUAACAAAGUGUUUAGUGGACUUUAUAAACUGAGUCGUCUCCAUCUAAUCUACAACAAUAUUAAUGUUCUUCCCUACAAUAUAUUUAGUGAUCUGUCCGAACUUACUCUUCUGUCCUUGAAGAACAAUAAGAUUAAAGAACUACCAUACAAUGUAUUUAGUGGACUUUCUAAGCUUACUCAUCUUUAUCUGAAUUACAACAAUAUAAAUGAUCUGCAUCACAAUGUAUUUAACGGGUUGUCUAAACUUACCCACCUCUCUCUAUCCCAUAAUAACAUUGAAGUAUUGCCCCACAAUGUUUUCAGAGAUCUGUCUGCACUUACCCAUCUCCAUAUGAAAAAUAACCGGAUAACUGUUCUACCUUCCGACGUAUACAGUAGCCUCACCAAUCUGAAUAUUCUAUCUCUUUCCAGCAACACCAUCAAUGCACUACCGUACAAUGUUUUCAGUCAACUGUCUGUACUUACCCAUCUCUAUCUGGAAAAAAAUCGCUUAACUGUUCUCCCUUUCAACGUAUUUAGUGAACUGUCCAGACUUACCAUUCUUUCUCUUCCUUACAACACCAUCACUGAACUACCCUUUAAUGUAUUUAGAGGGCUGUCAAGUCUUACCUAUCUCCAUUUGUCAAACAAUAACAUUUCGGUUCUAUCUCAUAAUGUAUUCGGUAAUUUGUCUAAACUUGUAAGACUUAAUUUGCAAAACAACAAAAUUGCAUUUAUUUCUAACGAUGUGUUCACUGUGAAUCAUCAACCAGAUAAUGGGUCUUAUGUUCGAUCUGGAAUGGGUUCCAGCCUUAAACACCUAGAUUUGGCAAACAAUUUACUGACACACCUACCAUAUUUACCUAGUAGUCUAUCGGAAUUAAAUAUUAUAGGUAACAAAUUGAAAGUAGUUCAAAAUAUUUUCGAAGGUUUGGAUAACCUGUCUAAGAUUUAUACAGAUACUCCAUUUAUGUGUUGCGCUAAGCCUCCGUCUGUUGAUGAGGACAGCUGUGUUGAAACACAUCAUCCAUUAUGGUUUUGUGUCAGGAACCCUGAUAAGUGUAAAUCAGAAGGCGAUGCGAUAUCGUCAUGUUACGCCUUGAUAAGUUCGACUGUACUUAGAGCAUGUCUUUGGAUCAUUGGAAUAUCUGCCUUGAUCGGCAACGUAGUCGUCUUAUUCUACAGAUGUUUCAUGGACAGAGAUAACAUAACAAAGAGUUAUUCUCUGUUCACGCUAAAUUUAGCCAUGUCUGAUUUACUAAUGGGUAUUUACCUAUUUAUAAUAGGUGUAGUCGAUGCGCAUUACAACGGCAUCUAUGCUUGGAAUGACCAAGACUGGAGAAGUAGUAUUUUAUGUACCACAGCAGGUGUCUUGUCUAGUGUAUCAAGUGAGAUGUCGACUUUUCUGAUUUUACUGGUGACUGUAGACAGACUUAUUGUCAUCUUGUUUCCCCUGUCCCGACUCUCCAGGUGGAGCUUCUCAUGGAUACAGUCACUAGUUGUCUCCGUGUUCUUGUGGAUUGUUUCAGUAACACUUGCGAUAAUUCCCAUUGUUUACUUCAAAGGACAGUUCUACUCCCAGUCAAGUGUUUGUCUCGCCCUUCCUCUCACAGGAGAAGAGCGACCGGGAACUCAGUAUUCUUUUGCAGUGUUUGUUUGUCUCAAUAGUGCCGUCUUUCUUGUUAUAGUCAUAGGUCAAAUUUCUAUUUGCAAAAGUGUAAGGGAAAGUGGUCGACGCAUUUCCUUGCCACAGAAUCGUCAAAGAGAGAUGGCAGUUGUUAGGACUCUGUUCUUUGUGGUGAUGACAGACUUCUGCUGCUGGUUUCCUAUUGGUGUCAUGGGGGUGGCGUCAAAGUGUGGAGUAGAAAUCCCAGAUGGAGUGUAUGCCUGGGUGAUGGUGUUUGUGCUGCCAAUCAAUGCUGCCAUCAAUCCGUUUCUGUACACUGCUUUAGCUGUGUGGAGGAGGAGGAGGCAGCAAAAGACUCUAACAACGAUGACAUCACGGAUACCGAUUCAGAGUCAACCUCCCGCUUCCAGGGACUAAACGCGAAGUAACGACAACCGUCUGAAGAAAUGGCUACAUAGAUAGAAAAAGUGCAGACAGACGGACAGACAGACUUGCUUUAUAGAAUUGAUAUAAUCAAAUAUCUCAAUUCACGGAGGAGUUACGUGUUUGAA